CUAGUACAAAACAUGCAUUUAAAGAGUUUCAACCCAUUGCAGUCGGACGGGCGAUCCAUCAAUCACACCAAGCAUCAUGACGAGUGUGCCAGACACGAACGACGAUGGCCAACUCUCGCUGCGGCGGUGCCGCUCCGGGUCCAUCGGCGAGAAAGUCGACGUCCGCGAAGUGCUCAAUGGCAGCGUGUCGUUCCGUCUGCAGUUCAUGGAAGAUACAAAGGCGCGGGAACUCAAGUGGGUUCUCUUCGCCGACGGCCGUCGCGGCGCCGUGGGCAAGCUCAUCUUUACACUGCAAGCCCACAAUUCCGCGCACAUCAAGGUGAUCGACAUCCAUCCCAACUACCGUCGGCUAGGCUUGUCCAAGGUGCUUUUCUUGGCCUGCAUGGCGACGUUGAAGCAGCGCAACAUCCACGAGUUACGUCUCGAGGCCGAAGAAGACACGCGUCGGCACCACAAGUUGGUCGCGCUGUACCAAGACUGGGGGUUCUCCGUGAAACAAAACGCCAAGAUCUUGUUUCUAUACAACGACACGGAAAGUUUCCGCAAAGUGCCGAUGGCACUGUCCGUGUCCGCGGCGCCGUUUGUGCCGCUAGAACCAACAUGCAACCAAUCAUUCUGCAUGAUCUCGUUGCGCACCGUGGACGGCAUGUUUGUGGUCGCAACCGAGGACGGCAUGAUCGACACGACCAAAGGCGCGUCGCGCGAUGUGUUUUGGCAGAGUCUCCUGCUCGACGACGAUGACACCAGCAGUUCCAGCAUCCUUCCGCCGACCCUCACGCGCAGCGGCAGUGGCGGUGGCGGCAAGGGCAGCACCAUCUGCCUCCGCAGUGCCUACGGCAAGUUUCUGUGUGUGGAACCUGUAGGCACCGUCCUCGCCGACCGCUUCGUCAACUCGACAUGGGAGACGUUCGAUGUGUUGCCGCACCCGACUGGCGGCGGUGUGUCCUUGCGCAGCUUCCACGGCAACUUCCUCGGCCUGGACCCGUCGACUGGCGGCCUCGCCAUCUCCCCCGACCCUGCCGCAUGGGAUGGCGAUGCCAUCAACCUCAUGUGCAACAAGUCCAACCCGACGCCGCUGCAUGUGAAGAUCACGCGAAAGCACCAGACGACCGCGUUCGCCCUGUCGCAGCGGCGGCGAUUCGUCGAUCCGUUGCACCAUGCGAGCUUAACCCUCGUGGAAGCGUGCCAAACGCUCAUGCAGCUAAAUGGGGAAAGCGCGGGAAAAGUCGGCCCUAGUGGCGUCUUGGCGCACAUGCUGCACGAUGCAAACGUCGUGCGCGACCAUGGACACCCCGACUGGCUGCAACUCGCCAUCUUCCUGCGGGGACUCGGGAUGUUGUUUCUGCUGUGGACGGACGAAGACGCGAUGAUGCUGCGAGGCAUUUCGUACGACCAAUGGCUCCAUCACACCGACACGUGGGUUCUCGGUCGCAUGAUUCCAGGGUCCAUUGCCCAUGCCAACUUGAAUGAACUCAACCCCGACAUCAACAUUAAUACCACCGCCACCACCACGGAAGGACAAGGGCGAGGAAUGGCGCAUGUCGACAUGCCGUGGACCCCUGACGAGUACCUGUACCGAGUACUCGCGGGAAAUCCCAACACCUGGCCACAUGAAGCAUUAGAUGUCAUUCGAUACUUCUCCUGUCGCGUGUGGUACCUUCAUGAUGCGUACCCGGAUGUCGAGACGACCGCGGACGUCGCCUCCAAGGAGCUGCUAUACGCGCUGCACAUGGAGAGACAGGUGCCGACGGCUGAACGGCUCGCGGCCCUCGAUGUCGACGGAAGCUUGGCGUACUACCUGUCCCUCGGCGCCAAGUACCUCCCCGCGGUGUUGCAGUGGUGAUGUUGUUCGUUGCCUUCAACAUGUUGUGUUCGUUGGAAGUGGUUUUUGUAAAGCUUUUGGGUAUAUUUUCUCUCAAUUUCACGAAAUGUGAUGACAAAACAGCUAAAAAAGGCCAAUAAAUUAUCGAAAACAGGCGAAUUCGCUUAUCGUUAGGAUCACACCACCAGAAAUAAGUAUAUUUUGUCCAGAAAACAAGUUCUAUUUCUGCACA